CCUCUGAGAUUUCUCCAUCCAACAAAACAUACAUCGACGCGCUCCGCGACACAAUCAUCUCUGUCUCCUCUCUCGAUUUCGCAGACAAUUUCUCUCUGCGUGUGUGUGUGUGUGUGAAAGGAAGGAGAAAGAAGAAGGAAAGGAAGGGGGAGGGCUCGGCUCUUCUUUACUCCUCCUCCACUCUGCAAAGCCAUCUUGACCCUCCUCGAAAGAAAAGCGCCGUGUCUGAUUGAUUCUCGUUCUUCUUGAAUAUCGACACUAUUGCUUGUUUCUGUUAUAUAAUUUGAUCUCUGACCGUGGUUGUGGAUUGCAGGGUUUCAAUUUGUUCUUUCGUCCAAUCCGAUUUGUUUCUUUGCUUUACAUCUUUUCUUGGAUUUUCUAAUACCAUGGAUGCAGGGAGCUCCUCUUCUUCUAUUUCUUCAGAGAAGCGUCGAAUGUCAUCUCGUCGCCCUCUCCAAGACGUCCCAUCCAGGCCUUUCCUGCCUUCGAUGCACACCACCUCCAGGAAUCCGUCUUGGAGGCAGAGCGGUGACAGAUUCAUUCCGGAUCGGUCAGCCAUGGAUAUGGACGUGGCGUACUACCUGCUCACCCAAACCAGGAAAGAGAAGGAGAACGCAGUUCCGGCUUCCCCCUCCAAAGAGGCCUACAGGAAGCUUCUUGCCGAGAACCUUCUCAAGAACAGAACCAGAAUUCUGGCUUUCCACAGCAAACCACCAGAACCAUCGCGACCUUUCUUCCAAGAAGCUGACGCGGUUUCCCCUCAUCAUGCUAAGCCAGCGAAGCAGCGGAGAUACAUUCCACAGUCGGCCGACAGGACCCUGGAUGCGCCGGACAUCGUGGAUGACUACUACUUGAAUCUGCUGGACUGGGGAAGCGGCAACGUGUUGUCGAUCGCCCUCGGGAACACUGUGUACCUUUGGGAUGCUUCGGAUGGGUCUACCUCUGAGCUUGUGACUGUGGAUGAUGAUGCUGGCCCCGUCACCAGCGUCAGCUGGGCUCCCGACGGGCGACACAUCGCCGUGGGCUUGAAUUCUUCGGACGUCCAACUGUGGGACUCCGCCUCCAAUCGCUUGUUGAGGACUCUGAGAGGAGUACAUGGAUCUAGAGUCGGUUCUCUCGCUUGGAACAAUAACAUUCUGAGCACGGGAGGGAUGGACGGAAAGAUCGUCAACAACGACGUUAGAGUGAGGUCUCAUGUCGUGCAAACCUAUCGAGGCCACCAACAAGAGGUGUGCGGGCUGAAGUGGUCGGGCUCAGGGCAGCAACUGGCGAGCGGAGGCAAUGACAACCUCGUGCACAUAUGGGACGUAUCCAUGGCCUCCGCAAACCCACAUCGGGGUCAAAACCAAUGGUUCCACAGGUUGGAUGAUCACAUGGCUGCUGUGAAAGCUCUUGCCUGGUGCCCGUUCCAGAGCAAUUUGCUUGCGUCCGGCGGGGGUGGAGGCGACAGGUGCAUCAAGUUCUGGAACACGCACACGGGUGCCUGCCUGAAUUCUGUGGACACCGGAUCUCAGGUCUGUUCCCUGCUGUGGAACAAGAAGGAGCGCGAAUUGCUCAGCUCUCACGGAUUCACUCAGAAUCAACUGACCUUGUGGAAGUACCCUUCCAUGGUUAGGAUUGCUGAGCUCACAGGUCAUACAUCUCGAGUGUUAUUCAUGGCCCAGAGCCCGGAUGGGUGCACCGUCGCAUCUGCGGCGGGAGACGAAACGCUCAGAUUUUGGAACGUAUUCGGAACUCCUGAAGCAGCAAAGCCCGCAGCAAAGUCCGGGAACGCAGGACCUUUUAGCAGUUUCAAUCACAUCAGGUGAAGAGCGAAAGCGUGCGUGGCCUUCGAUCUUGUGACGGAACAGGAGAAGGGACGAAGUUAACCACCAACCGGAGGACCACAGCCGACGACCAAUAUCAUCGAUCGACGAAGGUAAAAUGGUUUACGAUUUCGUUGGGAAUAGCGCGGGUGUAGUUUUAGCAGGAGCUUAGUUUAAUCUCCGAGACUCGGUACGUCCGGAGCUGAUCGUUACCCGCUCGCUUUGGCUGCAGGCUAUAUAUAUAUAUAUAUAUAUAUAUAGAUACACGAUCUUUGCAACUGCUGUUCCCAAACAUGAUUCGCUGGCACACGUCUGCGUUGUAAAUAAAUGUCGGUGGGUCCUAGUGCGCGUGUUUGCUGUAAAGGGGUGCGGAGGAUUUUGUUGGUUGCAC